GGUCCUUCGAGGGGGUCCCAAGCUCCGGGGACCCCGGCCCACUCCAUGGCUUUCAUCCGCAAGAAGCAGCGAGAGCAGCAGCUGCAGUUGUAUUCCAAAGAGCGGUUUUCAUUGUUGCUGCUUAACUUGGAGGAGUAUUACUUUGAACAGCACACAGCUAAUCAUAUUCUCUGUGACAGCCACCAAAAUGAAAGGAAAAUCCGUGGAUCAUUAAAAAUCUGUUCAAAAUCAUUGAUUUUUGAACCUGAUAAGACUUUUCAACCUAUCAUUAAGAUUCCUUUGAGAGACUGUAUAAAAAUAGAAAAGCAGGGAGACAAUGGAGCAAACAAACUCUUUGCAAAGUCUCAACAUGGAAGGAUUUCUCUAGUUUUCAGCCAGGUAUAUUUCAUUAAAGAACAUAACAUCGUAGCACCAUAUAAAAUUGAAAGGGGCAAAAUGCAAUAUGUCUUUGAGUUGGAUAUGGCAGGGAAAGUAGAAGAUGUUGUAGAAACUCUCCUUCAGCUUCACAGAGCAUCUUGCCUUGAUAAACUGGGAGAUCAAACUGCCAUGAUAACAGCUAUUUUGCAAUCACGUUUGGCUAGAACAUCAUUUGACAAAAACAGAUUCCAAAGUCUUUCUGAAAUACUCAAGAUGGAGUGUAAAGCAGAAAUGGUGACGCCACUAGUGACUAAUCCUGGACACGUGUGUAUCACUGACACAAACCUGUAUUUCCAGCCUCUUAAUGGGUAUCCUAAACCUGUAGUCCAAAUAACACUUCAGGAUGUGCGCCGGAUUUACAAAAGGAGACAUGGCCUCAUGCCUCUGGGUCUGGAAGUGUUUUGCACAGAAGAUGACUUAUGUUCUGACAUCUACUUAAAGUUUUAUGAAUCUCAAGAUAGAGAUGAACUCUAUUUCUAUAUUGCAACAUAUUUAGAAAACCACGUUACUGAGCAUACUGCAGAAAGUUACAUGUUGCAGUGGCAGCGAGGGCAUAUCUCUAACUAUCAGUAUCUUCUGCACCUCAACAACCUGGCCGAUCGGAGUUGUAAUGACCUUUCCCAGUACCCUGUGUUUCCAUGGAUAAUAAAUGAUUAUUUCAGUGCAGAAUUAGAUUUGUCAAAUCCUGAAACCUUCCGGGAUCUUAGUAAACCAAUAGGUGCACUGAAUAAGGAAAGGCUAGAAAGAUUACUGAUACGCUAUCAGGAAAUGCCAGACCCAAAAUUUAUGUAUGGAAGUCAUUACUCUUCCCCAGGCUAUGUGCUCUUUUAUCUUGUUAGGAUUGCACCAGAGCAUAUGCUUUGCCUUCAGAAUGGAAGAUUUGAUCAUGCAGACAGAAUGUUCAAUAGUAUUGCAGAAACCUGGAAAAACUGCUUGGAUGGUGCAACUGAUUUUAAAGAGCUGAUUCCAGAAUUUUAUGGUGAUGAUUUCAGCUUCUUAGUCAAUAGUCUGAAGUUGGAUUUGGGGAAGAGGCAAGGAGGCAAAAUGGUUGAUGAUGUAGAACUCCCACCAUGGGCAUCAGAUCCUAAAGACUUUCUUCAGAAAAGUAAAGAAGCAUUAGAAAGCAAUUAUGUAUCAGAACAUCUUCAUGAAUGGAUUGAUUUAAUAUUUGGCUACAAGCAAAAAGGAAAUGAAGCCAUUGGAGCCCAUAAUAUAUUUCAUCCCCUCACCUAUGAAGGAGGUGUAGACUUGAACAGUAUAGAGGAUCCUGAUGAGAAAGUAGCUAUGCUGACCCAAAUCUUGGAAUUCGGGCAGACACCAAAACAACUCUUUGUGAUACCUCAUCCUCGAAGAAUCACCCCAAAGACUAAAAGCUUGUCACAGCCCUCCAGUCAGAGUGCUUCCUUAGCAGAUUCUCCAGGUGAAGAGUCAUUUGAAGACUUGACUGAAGAAAGCAGAACACUUGCCUGGAAUAAUAUCACCAAAUUGAAGCUAUACGAGACCUAUAAAAUUCACAAAGAGGCAGUUACUGGAAUAGCAGUCUCUUAUAAUGGGUCUUCAGUCUUCACAACAUCACAAGAUUCUACUUUGAAGAUGUUUUCUAAAGAAUCUAGAACACUGCAAAGAAGUAUAUCAUUUUCAAAUAUGGCUUUAUCAUCUUGUUUAGUUUUACCAGGAGAUAACACUGUCAUAAGUUCUUCAUGGGAUAAUAAUGUCUAUUUUUAUUCCAUAGCAUUUGGAAGACGGCAAGAUACAUUAAUGGGACAUGAUGAUGCUGUUAGUAAAAUCUCUUGGCAUAACAAUAGGCUUUAUUCUGCGUCUUGGGACUCUACAGUGAAGGUGUGGUCCUGUGUUCCUUUGGAGAUGACAGGGACCAAAAGACAUCAUUUUGAACUGCUGGCUGAGUUGGAACAUGAUGUCAGUGUAGAUACAAUCAGUUUAAAUGCUGCCAGCACGCUCCUCGUGUCGGGUACUAAAGAAGGCAGCGUUAAUAUUUGGGACCUUUCUACUGCCACUAUGUUACAUCAGAUAGCGUGUCACUCAGGAACUGUGUACAGUGCUGCUUUUAGUCCUGAUAGCCGCCACGUCCUCAGCACUGGAGAAGAUGGUUGUCUUAAAGUAAUUGAUGUUCAGACGGGAAUGCUUAUCUCUUCUAUGACUUCGGAGCACCCACAGAGGUGCUUUCUUUGGGAUGGAAAUUGUGUAUUGGCUGGAAGUCAGUCUGGUGAAUUACUAGUUUGGGACCUAAUUGAAGCAAGAGUUAGCGAAAGAAUCCAGGGCCAUACAGGUGCUGUGACAAGCAUAUGGAUGAAUGAGCAGUGCAGCAGCAUCAUCACAGGAGGGGAAGACAGACAAAUUAUGUUUUGGAAGCUCCAGUAUUAAAAGUGCCUUUUCCUCAUUUGAAUUUCAAACCGAACUCUCUUCAGAGCUAAUGUAUUUUUAAACCAAACUUUUUAAAUGGACUGGCGAAUGUGCAAUGAUAGCAAUUAGAAGUUUGACCAAAUAGAAAGUUCAUGUGGUUUUAAAAUAACUUUCUAAAUCAUGGUGACUUCAUUAAAAGCCAUUAAUUACCAUCUUUUAAGGUGGAUAAAGGCCACAAUUUAAUUUACAUAUGGUAUUGUUGGAGAGAAAAAGUUACAAUCUUUAUUUAUAGGGAAGAAUGAUAAUCUACUUGGUGGUCAGAAGGCCCAGCGCUAUUAUCAACCUUGAAAGCUGGCAAGGACAGUAGCUGUAAGAUAAAAUGGUUUAGGGAACUGAGCCCAGGAAACAUUACACAGUUUAGAGUUUUCUAUGAAAUACGUUUCUUCUUCUCUGCUAGAUGUCUGAGUCCCAUUAUCCUACCGGCAUUGCUACUUUUGUUUUAAAGGAGUGGCUAUUCAUGUAAGUAACCUGCUAUACCCAGACUCUUGAGGAAGAACCUAGAGACAUAAGCAUAAUAUUAAUUAAAAAAAAAAAAAAGCAAGUUUAUUUACUAUUUAUAGGAAUGGUUUGUAUUUCAUCAUGCCUGUCAUCUCAGCCUAAAUGCCUGUCUUAUCUUUUCUAUGACAUUAAAGUUAUUUUUCUGUAAA